AUGAAAAUUUCAACCUCAGAGUAAACUAUCAAAAACUCCAAGAAUACCCCUGCAUCAACAGUGCCUAUUUAAGCUGCUUUUAAAUUAUUUUGUCUCAACAAUUAAAACACUAUCACUAAAAAUGCUACUUAGUCUAAUCUGCAGACCCUUAAUUCUUAAAAGUCAUUGUAUCCCCCAAAGCAAGAAAAGUAGCAAUAGCUAAAUACAGUGCAUUCUGUGGCAACCAUAGAUGGUAAUGGGAAAAGCAGUAAUUUGCAUAAGGUCUUUUCAAUUGAGAAUUUCUAUCAGAUGCCAUCAAAUCUUUGUGACACUCAAAAAUCAUCAAACUAUAACAAUCCUCUCAUGACUCCAAGUACUUAACUGCCCAGAUGCAUCUCAUCAGAUCGUGGCUUACUUUUGCAAACUACACCUUCUGUUUCAAUGGGAGGUGCUGGCGGUAACUGCAUUAACCUAAACUUCAAUAAUAAAAACUUGAAUAACCUCAAGUUUUCUCAUCUCCAUUUGCAAUCCAAUCAGUCUCAGCCACAUUUAAUAGACUAACCUCUUGAUAAAAAGUCAAAUCCAUUGUUCUAGACAUUCCAGCAGAAUAAUAUUGAAAGUUUGAUGUAGAACUAAAAAAUUCAUAGCUCAAACUAGCCCAAUUUGCUAAUUAACACUGGUGCUAACGAUCAGUAGCAAUUGUAAAAUCAAAUGAAUGUACCUCUGUUAAUGCAAAAUAUUCAGGCUGUGCAGAUUCCAUAGAUUCAACCCUAAUCAGCUAAGAAUAUUAGUGUUAAAAGUUUAUUUAAUGGAGAUGUAAGAGGAGAAAAUGACAUCUACUUAAAUGUAAUUCUUGUCGAUACUUUCAAAAGUGUUUACAGAUAAUUAGAUCCACUUAAGAAGGGAUACAUAAAGCUUAAGGACUUGAGUGAGGCUGUUAAAGGUGUUGAAGGAGAUGGAAAGAGAAAUGCCCUUAUCAAGUUCUUUGUUUCAUUUGUGAACCAAACUAAUAAGUAAUACAUUUCUAAGGUAUCCUUUUUGACUAAUUCUGUGAGUGCUUGUUUACAUAACAAAUACGACCUAAAUUUGUUUGUUUAGUAAGAUAAGUAUGAGGUAACAUAUUAUGAUAGAAAUAUCCAGAUAAAAUAAAGCUAAAGCACAACAAGUGGAGGGAGUAGAACGGAAAAAUAUCCCAGUUCGAGUCAGUCAUCACAUCAAGCGUCUACUUCAUCAAAUAAUAAUCAGUAAAGUAAUAACAACAACAAUAAUACUAACCAUAUAAGCAUUAACUAGCAGCCCACUAAAUAGCUAAACAUAAAGCAAUAUAAGCCUGAGCCUAAACAAUAGUAAUAGUAGAUAAAUGUAAAUUAGCUUUUCCAAUAAUAGCAGUAAACCUAUCAAAAUCUUCAAUCGUAGCAACAAGAAAACGAGAAUAUUCUUAACUAGUAGCCACAGUAACAGCAGCAGCAGUAAUAGCAGCAGCAGCUAUAGUAAUAAUAGAACCAAAUUAAUUAUCAGUAAUCCUUGCUAGAGAAGUUAGUGGCGAAUUAGCAUCAUCCUGAAUAACUGUCUUAAUAACUUAGUGAUCAAUAGCUUAAAGAGCUCAAAUAUCAAUUGGAACUAUGGCAUCAGUAAUAUGAAGCUUAAUAAUAAUUACAAUCCUCCCUAGACCAGUAAGAUUCAUACAACUUCCGCUAGAAUAAUACAGGCAAUGCUAAUGUUAGCCAAAACUAAUAAAACAAUCAUGCUCUAAGGGAUAACUAAAAGAGUCUCUAGGAUGAUAUAAAUAUGCUAUACUAUAAAUACUUUAGUGGUUAAGUAUCAAAAUCUAAUCAACUCUCUAAGCAAAAUGAGCUGUACAUUCAACAUCUGCUUGCAUAAUCUCAGGCUUAUUAAUAAUAGAAAAAGAUAAUCUCCUCAAUCAUCUCCCCAAGCAAUCAAAGCAACAAAGAAAACAUAACAGCUGGUAUGACAUCCCAAAUUUUCCCAAAUUAAAAGUCUUCACAUGUGAAUCUGCUUGGCAAAGAUGGCAAUAGUGUAUCUAGAAAUGAGAAGAGCAAUGGCAGGAAUAACAACUCUCAUAACAAUUUUGUAAAUAACAAAAAUUUUACCUCAACUAACUCAAAUUUUUCAAUCGCUGCAAAACAACUUAAGAAUAAGUAAGGGAAUCUUUAAAAUCAUCCCUUAAGGAGCUCUUAGAGCAGGAGUUUAAAGCAAAGUCAACUAAACUCUACCUCAGAGCUAGCUCCUCAUUCAACAUUUGAUAGUCUCAAAGGAGUAGUAAACAGAGGGAGAAAAUGA